AUGUCUUUACCUCAGCCUGUCCCACCCUCCUGGAAGGAUCUCGGAAAAUCCGCCAACGACCUCUUGGCGAAGGAUUAUCCCUACAACACAACCUCCCUCGAGGUCAAGACUAACACUCCUUCCGACGUCUCUUUCAGAGUCUUUGGCACCAAUGACAAAGGCGUCGUCAAUGGUGAUCUCGAGGCCAAGUGGGCUAACAAACCUCAUGGCAUCACCGUUACCCAAACCUGGACAACCUCCAACACCUUGAAGACCUUGGUGGAGCUCGAGAACCAGCUCGCCAAGGGUCUCAAGAUUGACGUUAACACCGCCUUGCAACCCGAGAAGGGAACCAGGUCUACUACCGUCGGUGGUAUCUACAAGCAAUCCGGCGUCCACACUCGUGGUGUCCUGGAUGUUUUCAAGGGCCCUACUUUCACUGCUGACACUGUUCUCGGACGCGACGGCUUCCUCGUUGGUGCUGAAGCCGCCUACAACGUCACUGAGGGCAACGUCACCCGCUAUGCUGCCGCUCUCGGAUACAACGCCCCCGAAUACGCCGUUACCCUUCACGGUCUCAACAACCUCAAGACCUUCACUGCCAGCUACUAUCACAAAGUUAGCGCUGAUGUUGAGGCUGGUGCCAAGGCCGUCUACGACUCCAAGGCUACCACUGGCGGGGUUGCUCUCGAAGUUGGUGCCAAGGCUUACCUCGACCCUGCUGCCUUCGUCAAGGCCAAGAUUAACAACAGUGGUGUCCUUGCACUUGGCUACACCCAAUCCCUCCGUCCUGGUGUCAAACUCGGUCUUGGUCUCGCUGUGGACACCCAAAAGUUGAACGAUAUUUCUCCUUCCGGUCCCUCCCACAGGGUCGGUGCCAGCUUCGUUUUCGAAUCUUAG